AUGGAGCUCGCCGAGGACAGCCCGGGCGCGGCCAUCCGGCUUCCGGAGCCCCCCGACGCCCCGCAGUGGCGCAUCCCUGGCGGCCUGCGGGGUGCGCUGUCCCCUGGUAUGCUGCGGGAGGCAGCCGCGCUGGUGGCGCUCGCAGGCCCGGUGUUCUUGGCGCAGCUGAUGAUCUUCCUCAUCAGCAUCGUCAGUUCCAUCUUCUGCGGACACCUGGGCAAAAUCGAGCUGGACGCCGUGACACUGGCUGUCUCCGUUGUGAAUGUCACUGGGAUUUCAGUGGGAACCGGCUUGGCCUCAGCUUGUGACACGCUGAUGUCUCAGUCUUUUGGAGGCAGGAACCUGAAGCGCGUGGGGGUCAUACUGCAAAGGGGCAUCCUCAUCUUGCUGCUCUGCUGUUUCCCGUGCUGGGCUGUCUUCCUCAACACGGAGCACCUGCUCCUGCUCCUGAGACAGGACCCGGAAGUCGCCAGGAUAGCCCAGGUCUAUGUGAUGAUUUGCAUCCCUGCUCUUCCUGCAGCGUUCCUGUUCCAGCUGCAGACACGGUAUUUACAGAGUCAGGGCAUCAUUAUGCCCCAGGUUAUUGUUGGGAUCGCAGCAAAUGUUGUCAACGUGGGCAUGAAUGCCUUCUUGCUGUACACCUUGGACCUCGGAGUCGUAGGUUCAGCCUGGGCCAACACCACCUCCCAGUUCUUCCUGUCUGCCCUGCUUUUCCUCUAUGUGUGGUGGAAGAGGAUCCACGUCCUCACCUGGGGAGGUUGGACAAGGGAGUGCUUCCAGGAGUGGAGCUCCUACACCCGCCUGGCCAUCCCCAGUAUGUUCAUGGUGUGCAUCGAGUGGUGGACCUUCGAAAUUGGGACCUUCCUUGCAGGCCUUGUUAAUGUGACAGAGCUGGGAGCCCAGGCUGUCAUCUACGAACUGGCUUCUGUUGCCUACAUGGUGCCCUUUGGCUUCGGUGUGGCUGCCAGUGUCCGAGUAGGCAAUGCCCUGGGGGCAGGGAAUGCUGAGCAGGCCCGAUGUUCCUGUACCACAGUUCUUCUGUGUGCUGGUGUCUGUGCGCUCCUGGUGGGAAUUCUGCUGGCAGCCUUGAAGGACGUGGUUGCCUACAUAUUCACCAACGACAAGGACAUAAUUUCCCUUGUGAGCCAAGUGAUGCCCAUUUUUGCUCCAUUUCAUCUGUUUGAUGCGCUUGCGGGCACCUGUGGCGGGGUCCUGAGAGGUACCGGAAAACAAAAGAUAGGCGCUAUCCUGAACGCCAUUGGUUACUACGGGUUUGGUUUUCCUAUCGGAGUGUCUCUGAUGUUUGCUGCUAAACUUGGGAUAAUAGGCCUCUGGUCCGGACUGGUAGUCUGUGUUUUCUCCCAGGCCCUCUCAUAUUUAAUCUACAUCAUGAGGACAGACUGGAAUAGUGUCGCAGAGCAGGCACAAGUUCGAGCUGGGCUAAAAAGCAACAAGGAGAUAAUACCCAUCCCAGCAGAUCUGCCCAUCUUGGAAAGAGAAGUUGUUGAUGGAGUGAUUUUGCCCGACAUCAUCAGACCGGAGAGCCAGACUGGCCAGCUGGUAGUAGAAGAAAGCAGCCAGCACGCAGUGCCCACCGUCGGAGAGGUCUUGACUGGGAGACAGCUGAUCAUCUAUCGUGGGAUGGCUCUGACUCUUUCUAUUGCUGUCCUCAUAGUGGGAAUUGUAGUGCGAGUUCUCAGUGACCGUGGCUAAGAUGGGAUUCCCACCAGCCUGUGGACUGGUGAUAAUUGUGUGCCAUGUCCUGA